UCAAUACGUUGUUUGAAAAUAAGCGAAUAGGGCAGACCGGGAGAGAUCAUCAAACGGCGGCCGGCGACGAUCUCCUUUUCAUAGUGGCUCAAAGGUCCUCUUGUGGCAUGCAGCAAUGACGUCAAUGGAGAAAAAAGCUAGCAAUCUUGCGGCUACAACCGCCGCUAAGAUUCAGAAAUCGAAUCCGGGAUUCAAAAGGUGGGGCAGGCAAAAUCCAUUUGUGAAAUACGGGGUUCCAAUGAUCUCCCUUACGGUGCUCGGAUCGGUCGGCCUCAGUCAUCUCUUGCAAGGCAGCAAGGAUAUUGGGAAGGUGAAAGAUGAUCGUGAAUGGGAGAUCACUGAGGCAAAGAAAGCACUGUCCAGGACAGGACCGGUUGGUGCGUAUAAGCCAAAAAAGAUUUCAAUGGAGGAGGAACUAAAGGCUAUGCAACAGAAGAUUAACAUAGAUGACUACGAGUAUCAGCCAGUUCCUAGACCAAAGGAAAGCUAGUCAGACUCUAGUAAGCUCUUUUUUCUGUUUUUGAAGUUGUCAUGUAUUGCUCAUGAGCAUCUAGUAACAAAGUUCAUAAAUGUAUCAUAUAUAGAGUAGGUACUAUUUUGUUGGAUAUUUCCUUCUCUUUCCUUGGAGAAGUGGAAUAAUUAGAGUUGCUCCCACAGUUCAAUUUUGGCAAUAUUUUGACUAUCAUGGGCCUUCCAAUUCCAGCAAUUGUUUAAUUUCCUUAGCUUAGAUUUCCUCCAAAUCUUAGAAUUGGUUUACCUGGUUCUUCAAUCUAUCAAUAAAUGUAGUAUGAUUUAUUUACUUGGCU